GGGACCAAAACGGAGCUUUUUCCGCUCGCCGGAAACUGCCCGUGGCCCUCGGGGCCGCUCCGGAACGCCGUUCUCUACAUCCAGGCCUUCGUGCUGGUUUUCCUGCUGGGCAAGUUCAUGGGCAAAGUGUUUUUCGGGCAGCUCCGGGCGGCGGAAAUGGAGCACUUGCUGGAGCGCUCCUGGUACGCGGUCACCGAGACCUGCUUGGCCUUCACCGUCUUCCGCGACGACUUCAGCCCCCGCUUCGUGGCCCUCUUCACCCUCCUCCUCUUCCUCAAGUGCUUCCAUUGGCUGGCCGAGGACCGCGUGGAUUUCAUGGAGAGGAGCCCCAACAUCUCCUGGCUCUUCCACUUCCGCAUCGUCUCGCUCAUGUUCCUGCUGGGAAUCCUGGACUUCCUCUUCGUCACUCACGCCUACCACAGCAUCCUGACGCGCGGCGCCUCCGUGCAGCUCGUGUUCGGCUUCGAGUACGCCAUCCUGCUCACCAUGGUGCUCACGGUGCUGGUCAAGUACGUCCUGCACGCGCUGGACCUCCGCAGCGACAACCCUUGGGACAGCAAGGCCGUCUACAUGCUCUACACGGAGCUCUGCACCGGGUUCGUCAAGGUGCUGCUCUACGUGGCCUUCAUGACCAUCAUGAUCAAGGUCCACACGUUCCCGCUCUUCGCCAUCCGCCCCAUGUACCUGGCCAUGAGGCGAUUCAAGAAGGCCGUGACCGACGCCAUCAUGUCCCGACGCGCCAUCCGCAACAUGAACACGCUGUAUCCCGACGCCACUCCGGAGGAGCUGCAGGCCAUGGAUAACGUCUGCAUCAUCUGCCGGGAGGAGAUGGUGACGGGCGCCAAGCGCCUGCCCUGCAACCACAUUUUCCACACCAGCUGCCUCCGCUCCUGGUUCCAGCGCCAGCAGACGUGUCCCACGUGCCGUAUGGAUGUGCUCCGCGCUUCCCUGCCGGCUCCGGCGCCUCCGACGCCUCCGGAGCAGCCGGAACAGGGGCCGGCGCCGCCGCAGACCCCCCCGGCCCGCUGUUCUCUUCCCGCAGUUCCCCAGGGAAUGCUGCCCCCUUUUCCACCCGGGAUGUUUCCCUUCUGGCCGCCGGUGGCUCCUUUCCCUCCGGUGCCCGGAGCGCAGGCGCCCAACGGCUCCGAAAAUUCCGGAUCCGCUUCCAGCGCCGCUCCCAGUCCCCAGAACAUCCCCACGCUCCUGGAUGCUGCCAUGCUCCAGAUCAACUUGUACCUCUCCGUGCUGGCCACCCUCGGGUCUCCUCGUCCCGCUCCGCCCCAGCCGGCUCCCGCCGCUGCUUCCGCUCCGGAAAAUCCAGCGGAAGAUCCGGCUCCGUGA